AUUAAGGUGCGAGUUGUUAUUUUGCUUCACGCGCGACAAGACUCUCCUCCUCCCACUCCCGAGUUUUCCUAUUCUUUUUGGGUUGGUUCCACGGCAUUACAGUAGCCUCCUGGAGGAGAGGAGAGCAGCUGCAUGAUCCUCCCGAUCAUUUAUUCAGUGCCGUGCCGAGUCGCAGUUUAUUGAGGCAGCCAAAAUAACUAGAAGGACGGAAUGAAGCUCUUCAAAUCCCUUCUACUCUUACUGCCAUUAUUACAAGAAUGCCGCUCCUUGUAUACGCCAGGACAGACUUGUUCCAGUCAAGAGCCUUUCCAUGCGACAUGGAAACAAGACGACGGACAGUGUUGCCUCUGUGUUGAAGGGACUGUCAACUGUGUACCUCAUGAUCCCAGUGACUGUAACCCUGUAGAAGAGGUUUCCCCAGAUUGCCAAGUCAUGGAUAUUUGUGGAUGCAAAUGGUUUUUGUGUAAAGACAAGCUUGGCGAAGCUGGAUUCGGAGAGGACUCAGCCGUGGGAACAAGCAACGGAGACCGCUCGGCGAGUUUGUUUCCCGUCGCUGAGCUGCUGAGAGAGGAGCGCCAAAUAUUUUCUGUCAUUUAUAAUGGAAAAGAUGAGGAUGGUACCGACUAGGAUGAACAGUGGCGUUGAAUAUUUUUAAAGCUUUUCGUUUAAAUUUCAACAAUGUCAUCGUACCUGGAUAACUAGACUUAGUAAGAAUUGCUGUGCCUCAACUGCAUUCCAGAUUUGUAUCGAGCAAUUCAAUUCAUACCGUUGCUUAUCUUUUGCACUUUCCAUUACAUAAUGUUAACAUUUGAUAUGUAUGUAACUUAAAGACAUUUGAUGUACUGCCUACGUUAAUAAAUGAGUCAUAAUCUUU